GGAUCUGGUAAGCCAGCUCGAGCAUAGACAAUGUCCAAGAGGCGAUCAGACUACGACGAGACAUGCUUUGACUCGUACCGGAGUUCUGGUUCGGAGAAAAAGGUUUCGGUGAGGAACGUUUUCAACGUCGCCGAGGAAUGUGAGGACCCCUCCCUGACAACGGUAUGCAAGGUGUUGCGAGCCGUCGACGAGCUCAAGGGAGUAUGGGUUGACAGCGUAGACCGAUAUAAGAGCAGAGCGAAAUGCUUGCUUGAGCAGUAUUCAGAGGACAGCCAGGUUCCGCCCCUCAAGUACACCAACCAAAUGGUGGAAAUACCGCUUUCGUGUGAUUCGGAGAUGAAGUUGCACUACUACGAGAACUUCCCCUUUGUCAGAGAGCCGAUGUCGAUUAGCACCUCGGUGGAAUACUUCAGCGAAAACAUGAGCAGCUUCACGCAUUUCAAGAAGAUCAUUUUGAAGAACGCGAGGUUGAGAAUCGUGCCCGACUCGAUGGGAAUGGUUUUCAAUCCGAACACAAAGAGGAAGGAGAUUGCCGCCUCCUGCUUGAUCCUCAGCCCUAACGGGAACAAUGCCACGAGCAUUGUGACCAACGACGUUCUCUCAGCGGCAAACAUCUUGCUUGAACAGCCCCGUAUCUGGCGAAUCGCCUACGAGGUCAUCGAGAAGGACGAGAAUCUGAGCCUCGUCGACAAGAGGCUCUUUCUCAGCCGGCUUUGGGGGAACUUGUGCAGAUGCUUUGAGCUGAUGGAUGAGAUUGAACUCGGUGUAACGGUUGAUAGAGACUGCCAGGUUAGAAUAUCCACCAUAUUACACAGUUACUAUACACGCUAGCGCCGGGCGAGACGGAACGGGCACCAGAGAAAACUCUUUCUAGCUUGGCAAGAAUUUGUUAAUUGUUCUAUUAGUAUAUAUCGAAAGAAGAAUGGAGGA